GCCACAACGCAACGCCAACAUACAGCAUACAUACGCCGCGAGUUGCCCGCCCCGCGCCCCGCUGCUUUCUCCACUCCAAAUUUCCAAUACUCAGGCAGGCAGGCGGCUGCUAGAUACGAUGGGCAGCCACGCGGGUGGCACGGAGACGGCGGAGGAGAGGACGCGGGUGUGCGACCUCCCGGAGGCGUGCGUGGCGCACGUGAUCGCGCUCACCUCCCCGCGGGACGCCUGCCGCUGCGCCGCCGUCUCGCCCUGCUUCCGCGACGCCGCCGGCUCCGACGUCGUCUGGGCGCGCUUCCUCCCGCCGGACUACCUCCAGCUGCACCAGGCGCCGGCCCGGCGAUUCCCGCUCUCGCGCUCCGCCUCCACGGCCUCGGCGGGGGCGGCGGCGUCGACCAAGAAGGAGACCUACCUCGGGCUCACCGACGCGGCCGUGCUGGUGGACGGCGGCGGCAUGGCCGUGUGGCUGGCCAAGGAGAGCGGCGCCAAGUGCGUGGCGAUCUCGGCGAGGAGGCUCAGCCUGCCGUGGGACGACGGCGAGUUCAGCUGGACGUGGACGCCCCACCCGCUCUCCAGGUUCGCGGAUGUGGCCCAGCUGGUGGACUGCACGUGCUUCGACAUCUACGGCCGACUCCCGACCGCCGCGCUCACGCCGGCCACCGCCUACACAGCGUACCUCGUCUUCACCACCGAAGACACCCACCGUGGCCUGAGCUUUCCGGACCAGGAGACCACCGUCAGCGUGGGCGGCAGCGCUCCGUCGCGCCAUGCCGUGUGCCUCCGCCCCGACCCCACUGAUGCGCGUAGGUUCAGAGACAGCAAAGGUACGGACGACGUCCACGUAAGGGGGCCGGUGCUGCGCGGCGAUGGAUGGUGGGAGGUGGAGAUGGGGCGGUUGCGCACCCGCGACGAGGCAGUGGUGGGGGAGGAGGUGGCGGUGAGCUUCGAGAUACUGGGGUGGUACCCCAAGCGCGGGCUCAUCGUGGAAGGCAUCGAGUUCAGGCCCAUCUGAUCGAUCCUAGCUAGAGACCUCAAGUUAUGUUUGUACGCUGAAUAUCGGUUCAUCUCGUCGAUGAGCGAGCGCAUGCAUGUGCGUCUAGUUUGUGAGUAGUAAAUUGGACAACUUUGUUGACACAUUUCCAGAGCAUGUGUCUAGUGAUGCCAUGGACAUAAUCGGUGUAGGUGGUGUUUGGCUCAGGUGGAUUCUGAAAAAGCUUAUGCGAGCAGUGAGCUGUGAAGAAAUAAUUGUGAGCUAAGAACGAAAGCUGAAAGCCGUUUGGUUGAA